CGCAAAUAGAAGCGACACUUAAAGUGAGCCUGCUGGCCGAAUGGUGAAACUCUGGCGGGACACAGGAGAGGCAGGAAAGGAGGAAUGCUGUGCAGAUGAUGAAGAGCGAAAAGAGUUGAAAACCAGACUUCUUGAAGCCAGCUCUAGCAAAGAGGAAGAGUUCUGUUUCUGCCAGCCAGACCCAGUCUCCAGUGCUGGUCCCCCUGAUGGCAGUGUGUACAGCCCUGUGAAACCUGCCAAGCUGGACGCCACAGCUUUGCACGACUCUGCUUUGGCCGCUGCUGUGCCUCCUUCUGAGCUGUCAAAUCAUGCAGUCCUAGCCUGUGACACAGGCAUUCAUGAAGAGCACUAUGUAAGUGAAGCAGUGGAAGAUGAUGUGCCAGAAUACAGAGAGUACAGAGAUGCCUGCACCAUUACUGAUGUGUGCAAUAGUACCAAUCUUCCUGAAGUUGAAAUCAUCAGUCUACUGGAAGAGCAGCUGCCUCAUUAUAAGCUAAGAGCAGAUACAAUCUAUGGUUAUGACCACGACGACUGGCUUCACACACCCCUCAUUUCUCCUGAUGCAAAUAUUGACUUAACAACUGAGCAAAUAGAAGAGACCUUGAAAUACUUUCUUUUAUGUGCAGAAAGAGUGGGCCAGAUGACUAAAACAUACAAUGACAUAGAUGCUGUUACACGUCUUCUUGAAGAGAAAGAACGGGACUUAGAAUUAGCUGCUCGGAUUGGCCAGUCACUGUUAAAGAAGAAUAAAUCACUAACAGAAAGAAAUGAGUUUUUGGAGGAGCAAGUAGAACACAUCAGGGAAGAGGUAUCUCAGUUGCGGCAUGAGCUCUCCAUGAAAGAUGAGCUGCUCCAGUUCUAUACCAGUGCUGCUGAAGAAAGUGAGCCAGAGUCUGUCUGUUCCACCCCGCUGAAAAGGAAUGAAUCUUCCUCCUCUGUCCAGAACUACUUUCAUUUGGAUUCUCUUCAAAAGAAACUCAAGGACCUUGAAGAAGAGAAUGUUGUGCUUAGAUCUGAGGCCUGUCAACUGAAGACUGAAACAAUUACUUAUGAAGAGAAAGAACAACAACUUGUCAAUGACUGUGUUAAAGAGCUAAGGGAUGCAAACAUCCAGAUUGCAAAUAUCUCCGAAGAGUUAGCAAAGAAAACUGAAGAUGCUGCCCGGCAACAGGAAGAAAUCACCCAUCUUCUCUCUCAGAUAGUUGAUCUGCAGAAAAAGGCAAAAGCUUGUGCAGUUGAAAAUGAAGAACUUGUCCAGCAUUUGGGAGCAGCUAAAGAUGCCCAGAGACAGCUCACAGCGGAGUUGCGGGAGCUGGAAGACAAGUAUGCAGAGUGCAUGGAAAUGCUUCAUGAGGCUCAAGAAGAGCUGAAAAACCUUAGGAACAAGACAAUGCCAAAUGCUAUAUCACGUCGGUACCACUCUCUUGGUCUCUUCCCUAUGGAUUCUUUGGCAGCAGAAAUAGAAGGGUCAAUGAGGAAAGAACUGCAUUUAGAUGAACCCGAUUCUCCUGACUUGGCUCAUCAGAAGCGGGUCUUUGAGACGGUGAGAAAUGUUAACCAAGUUGUCAAGCAGAGGUCCAUGACUCCGUCACCAAUGAAUAUCCCAGGAUCUAACCAGUCCUCUGCUAUGAACUCAGUCAUUUCUAGCUGUGUCAGCACUCCACGUUCCAGUUUCUAUGGGGGAGACAUCUCUAAUAUUGUGAUAGACAACAAGACCAAUAGCAUCAUCCUAGAGACAGAAUCCUCUGACAAUGGUAAUGAAGACAGACUGAAAAAGCCCGGAACUCCAGGGACUCCAGGCUCCAGUGACCUAGAGACCGCCCUCCGCAGGCUGUCCCUCAGGCGGGAGAAUUACCUUUCCGAGCGGAAGUUCUUCGAAGAAGAGCAGGAAAGGAAGCUGCGGGAACUGGCAGAAAAGGGAGAGCUCCACAGUGGUUCUGUUACCCCCACAGAGAGCAUCAUGUCGCUGGGAACUCACUCCAGAUUUUCAGAAUUCACUGGAUAUUCAGGAAUGUCGAUCAGCAGUCGCUCCUACCUGCCAGAAAAGCUUCAGAUUGUGAAACCACUAGAAGGUUCUGCCACUUUGCACCACUGGCAGCAGCUGGCUCAGCCUCACCUGGGUGGGAUCCUGGACCCAAGGCCCGGGGUUGUCACUAAGGGCUUCAGGACACUGGACCUGGACCUGGAUGAAGUGUACUGCCUUAAUGACUAUGAGGAAGAUGAGACAGGUGACAUUUCUUACAAGGGCCUAACUACCUCGACGCCAGUUCAGCACACAGAGACCUCAGGUGAGAGGUCACAAGCACAAGUGACUGUUUCAGACAACAAGAAUAAUCCCCGCCAAUCUCAGGCUUUCACAGAGGAGAUGCAGGAGUCCGCGACUGACGAUGAUGAGGGGUCUGUACCUCAUCCUGGGAAGUGCAUGUCACAAACCAACUCCACCUUCACCUUCACCACCUGCCGCAUCCUGCACCCUUCCGAUGAGCUCACACGAGUCACACCAAGCCUUAACGCAGCACCUACUCCAGCUUGUGGCAGCACUGGCAAUUUGAAAGGCACCCCGGUGGCUACUCCCUGUACCCCUCGGCGUCUGAGUCUGGCCGAAUCCUUCACUAAUCUCCGGGAAUCUACGACAACGAUGAGCACCUCUCUGGGGCUGGUAUGGCUGCUGAAGGAAAGGGGCAUCUCAGCAGCAGUGUACAAUCCACAGAGCUGGGACAGAGCCAGCAGAAGCACCCUCCUGAACACAUACUCCCCUAAAAUGGCGAUCAUUCCGUCCACCCCACCAAACUCACCUAUGCAGACACCUUCUUCCUCCCCUCCAUCUUUUGAGUUCAAGUGCACCAGCCCACCUUAUGACAACUUCCUGGCUUCGAAGCCUGCUAGUUCUAUCCUGAAGGAGGUGAGGAAUAAAAAGAACAUCAGGAAUAGCGAGAGUCAGACUGACGUGUCUGUUUCCAACCUUAAUCUUGUGGACAAAGUCAAGAGGUUUGGUAUCGCCAAAGUUGUGAAUUCAGGGCAAAUGUCAUCUCCUCCUUUAACUGAUGACCGUGGACCUCUUCUCUGUGGGGCACAAGGACCAGUGAGAGCCCUUGUGCCUGGAGGCCUGGCACCAGAUGGUCUCCCUUUGGGCUGCCCUGCUGUGACAAGUGCCAUCGGGAGCAUCCAGCUGAACACUGGCAUCCGAAGGAAUCGGAGCUUCCCCACCAUGGUGGGGUCCAGCAUGCAGAUGAAAGGCCCAACUUCUCUCACUUCGGGGAUUCUGAUGGGAACCAAGCUCCCGAAGCAAACUAGCUUACGAUGAAGGACUUUAUUUUUACAGCUUGUCUUUUUAAAUAAAAAUACUCAGAUCCUUUCUCCGAUCCUCUUUUCCUUUCCCCACCACCCCUUCAUUGCCUCUUGAGUUUGACAAAUCAACUUCGUGCCUAAUGGGAGAAAUGUGUAAACUUUGUAUAAAAUGUGUAAAUAUGUACCAGAUCUAUUGUAACUAAUUGGGUUAUUUUACUGUUCAGCUGAGUGCAAAAGGCUCUAUGUUAUGAUUGCUGUAUUAAGGUUAACUUGCUAACCUCUGAAGAGGUUUUUUUUUUGUUUUUUUUUUUUAAGAUGCACUGAGCAAAACCAACUUGACUAGGAAAACAUGAAUUCUGUAGCUAUCCUAACUUGAGUCGAAGGUGCAUGGAAAACUAUUGAAUGUUUUUUGUGAGCCCUUGCAUUACAUCACUUGAAGCAUGGGAGCAUUUGUGCUUCGUUAAAUGAUGAAAAAAAACAACACUCAGUUUAAUAUGUGGCAGUUUAAAUUUUGCUUUUGUAGAUGAGUAGAGCGGAGUUAAUGGAGUGCCUGGCUACUAUGCCUGAAUGGAUUAAUUUUUUUUUUUUAGUUUUUAUUUCUUUUGCUCUGUUCUUUAUUCUCCUCCUGGAGAUGAUAAACUUGAAGUAAGACUGUGUUGAGAUCAGCAGGCCCACUGGGUACCUGGAAUGUUCCUAUAUAUUCCUGCCACCACUGUUUCAUUUGGCACAUUUACACUCUGUGAGACGUUUUUCUUUUUUUCUUAGUUUUUGUUUGUUUUUUUGUCCUGUUUUUUCUUUUCAGUGCUGCACUGGAUUGUGGAAGGGAAAAUGCUUUCCUAUGUGUUGCUGUCACUGACACACGCUUUGUUACUGCCCCCAAAGAGAACAGUUUUCACAGCUCCUGAGAUAAAAUAAAUGUGGCAGUGACUUCCUAGAAAUCAAAGUUGUGGCACAGAUUGACAGAUAACAUUAUAAAAGAGCACGUAGCAAAAACAGUGUUAGGAAAAGGUGCAUCCUUGAAACCUCAGCAGAGAACCACAAAAACAUUUAGUAAGGGAAUGGUACAAGCUGGAAAGUGCAACUUGCAAUCCUCAUGCUGCUCUUUAGUUUUCAUGCAUGUUGAGGACUGUGGCCUUGCAAACAGGGUGAGGAUAUUCCCCACCCAUUUUCUAUUUUUUUUUUCUUUCAGAGAAACCUUUUUCAUCCCAAGUUGAACCUUAGCAGGGGUAAAAAUAUGGGAAAUGCUUUAUCCUGUGGUGAUUUUAAACUGAAAAAACACCUCCUAAUACCAAAGGUGUAGCCCCCACUUUUUCAGAAAAGAGAGAACCUCACACAACCUUUAGUUACAGCCAGGUGAUCCUAAUUUAUAUUGCCAUUUUCUUCCAGUUUUUCUCCCAAACUUCUACUGAGUGCUUGUAGAAAGAACUGAAGAAUCCUGGGACUGGAGCAGACUGGAGGGAGCUUGUUUUUAGAGCUGAGCUGGGAACCUUUAUUUUUUGGAAGGAGGGAUGGAAAGGAGUGAAGGGAGGAAGGUUCAAAAUCAGCUUUCUUUUCCUUGCACUUCUUGGGGGAUCUAAAUCAAGCUCCCUGUUUGUUACCAUAAUCACACUACACGUAAUUGCCAUGAAUUGCUGUUUGUACAAGACUGUUACUAAAUCAUUAGCACUGAUAAUUUCUUGUAUAAAUGAAACUGUCUUUUAGUCUUUGUGAUGAGAGAUAGGUGGGUGGGUUUGGCUUUUUUUUUCUGAAUGAAGUAGUCAUUGCAGUAGUGCUAUGGACACUAAGGAUAUUUUUUGAGAAAGGAAAAACACAUCGGUCAGUUACUGCAUGUGUUUAAAGACUUCUAUUUAUUCUAUGAACUUACAAUGUUUUAGUAAAAUGCCAUCAGCUCUCUUUGCUGUUGUAUGUGUGCACUUAUUGCAAGUAAAUUUAAGUAUCCUUUUAUUUGAAUGUAUCUUAAAAAAGUAGAAUAACAGUUGAUUCUGGAAAAAAAAAAAAAUCAUGGACUUAAUGGACCAUUUUAUAUAACCAGAGGAAAGAAAGCAAUACCAUAUGAGAACUUGAAGUGUAGAAGUUAAUCAUGCAAUUGGGAAGUAUUAUUUAGCCUUCAAAUAAGAAGUAUGAACUGUCCACCCACCAGAGAAAGCAAUUGUAACACAUCAGGAAGAUGAAAUAUAAAUUUUUCUUCACUAAUAUAAAUAAAAUAACAGAAAAGUGGCA